AUGCCUAAAAGGAACUCUGUUCAAGCCAAAGCUGAAAGCUCGGUGAGCCGUGUCAAUGGUAAGGAUAAGGAGGAGAACAAAGCAAGGAUUUCAGGCUUCAAACCCUCACAGCCGGAGUCUGAGGACAGUGAUGCUUCACUAGAACAGCUUCCCAAACACGCAGGGGAACGUCACUCUCAACACGCUGUCGAACGUCACUCUCAACACACGGCUGACUCAAGAGAAAUAACUGUCUAUGAGGAGCCUGUUGAAACCAAGGCUGCCUCCCUAACCUCUAAUCCCUCUGAGUCAAGCGAGGAAGAGGAUGAGGAAUCAGCCAGCAAUGAUUACACUUUUGUGACCAGAAAUACACCUGCAUCCACAGUUCCUGCCAACACACUCUACACGGUCCAGGCCACCCACAAGUACACAGGAGAGGAUGUUGAUGAGCUGAACUUUGAGGCAGGGGAGAUCAUCUAUGUUAUAGAAUUUGAAAAUCCAGAUGAGCAGGAUGAUGGCUGGCAGAUGGGUAUAAAACAGUCGGAUGGAUCCAAGGGGGUGUUCCCUGAAAAUUUCACCCGACGUAUUGGAUAG